AUGCUCUGGCACUCUCGCUGUACUCGACCGACAAUCCGUUCUGCUGGUUCCGGUACACUGUUCAAGUGCUUUCUCAUGGCCUUCACGGAGCUUUCUUCAACAACCUCACCACCUGUUUUCCACUUGUUUUCAGUUAUGGUUCCAGGCUUUGCUUUUUCCGUUUCUCCUCCAUUUACCGCUUUUUUCCUGCUUUAUGAUGCGAUCGACUAG